ACUUUUUAUAAAGCAACCAAGUCAGUGCACAUCAUUCAGCAACGAUUUCAAGCAGCAGAAACUAAAAGAACUAGAACCAACUCUCAACAAUCUCUCAAGAACUCUCAAUAAUCAGAAAUGGCGGACAAACCAACUACAGCUGGACCCUGCAAGUGCAGCAACUGUAACUGUGGCCCUGACUGUCAGUGUGGUGACAAGUGUACUGGUGGAGAGAGUGGCUGUUGCCUCUGUGUGUGUAAGAGAUGUGCUGGUGCAGACUGCAAGUGUGGGCCCAACUGUAAAUGCCCCAAGAAAGGCAUCGAUUGCUGUGUAGCUGGACCUUGCAAACGCACUGACUGCAAGUGCCCUGACUACCAGUGUGGAGACAAGUGUGAUGGAAAUUGCUGUCCUUGUGUUUGUAAGGGAUGUGCUGGUGCCGACUGCAAGUGUGGACCCAACUGCAAAUGCCCCAAGAAAGGCAUCGAUUGCUGUGUAGCUGGACCUUGCAAAUGCAGCAACUGUAACUGUGGCCCUGACUGUCAGUGUGGUGACAAGUGUACUGGUGGAGAGAGUGGCUGUUGCCUCUGUGUGUGUAAGGGAUGUGCUGGUGUAGACUGCAAGUGUGGACCCAACUGCAAAUGCCCCAAGAAAGGCAUCGAUUGCUGUGUAGCUGGACCUUGCAAAUGCGCUGACUGCAAGUGUGGCCCUGACUGCCAGUGUGGAGACAAGUGUACUGGAAAUUGCUGUCCUUGUGUGUGUAAGGGAUGUGCUGGUGCAGACUGCAAGUGUGGACCCAACUGUAAAUGCCCCAAGAAAGGCAUCGAUUGCUGUGUAGCUGGACCUUGCAAAUGCAGCAACUGUAACUGUGGCCCUGACUGUCAGUGUGGUGACAAGUGUACUGCUGGAGAGAGUGGCUGUUGCCUCUGUGUGUGUAAGAGAUGUGCUGGUGCAGACUGCAAGUGUGGACCCAACUGCAAAUGCCCCAAGAAAGGCAUCGAUUGCUGUGUAGCUGGACCUUGCAAACGUAUUGACUGCAAGUGUGGCCCUGAUUGCCAGUGUGGAGACAAGUGUGCUGGAAAUUGCUGCCCUUGUGUGUGUAAGGGAUGUGCUGGUGCAGACUGCAAGUGUGGACCCAACUGUAAAUGCCCCAAGAAAGGCAUCGAUUGCUGUGUCCCAAAGUGAACUCGACUGUAACCAGACUAUUUGAACACUAUUUAGAACCUUGUUUGCUGUCCUUCAAUUACAAUGUGUUUUAUUUCAAUUCAAUUCAAUUCAA